GUUGUCAUGGGCUACAUUCUAGAUUGGGUUUUCCUCAGUAGGCUGUUAUGACCGUUCAUCACCUUAUACUUUUAAUAUUUAAAAAAAAAUAUGGAUAAUUGGUUCAGAAACCAGAAGUCAAAGAUAAUAGUUUGUCCAACAAUUCUUCAAGUUUGUUAAGUACAAAAUACUGCAGAAUGUUAAAUGAUUAAAUAUGACUAUUGGAUCACUUAAAAUUGUGUGGUGGACAGAUGUGGCCCCCGUGGUGGAGUUUGACACCUGAGUCUUUUUUUCUUUUUUCCAAACGUUAUCCUGACGUUAGAAAUGAAAACCACCAUUCUGGAUUCCCCACACCACCGCGUACGCCCCACACAAAUCUCCAAUUUCCACGUCCAUGUGACCUUUUUUAGGCACCCUCAAGAAUGAUCAAAUCUAGAUCAAAUUCGUAACAUUUAUAAUAACGGGAAUCUGAAGAACAAUAUGUACUUGUAUUAGAUGGAGAAAAUUAAAAUUUAGCUCCCAUCAACACCGAGACAAAUAGUUUCAUUUAACAAUAUCUUACCCCAUAAAAUUGAUAAAAGUUGCAGCGUUUCCUUUCAAGAACAACAAAGUUUUUGCCUCGUUGUAUGUGUCCAACGAAAUUGCGCUAAUGGUCACGCCUCCUCCGCCACCCUGAAACUGAACUUUGAACGAACUGAAUAAUAACAAAACAGAGAAGAGUGUUUGGACAGCAAAAUAACGACCGCUUCUGUUCAAAAUGAGACAAAGGACUACAAAGGACGUGUCGGCCUCCGCUCACAAAAUACCCAAAGUUAAGAGGAACCACGACGAGACUGAGGCCCGUUGGAAGAAAAGCAGUUUAUUUGCCCUGAUUGUCAUCCUAGUUUUGGUGCCUUUCAUCCUGAUAGUAGCACGAGAAUUGUUCCAGCACCUUGUUUACAAGUACAGAAUCAAGGUUCCGCUUUUUGUGGACCUCAACACACCCAUUGACUUCUCCCUAAAUCACACUAUAAACAUGUACUUAACAUCAGAGGAAGGAAUCUCUCUUGGUGUAUGGCAUACAGUUCCUGAAAGUAAAUGGAGGGAGGCACAAGGCAAAGACAUAGAGUGGUACCAAAGCACAUUAAAUGAUGGUAGUCCAGUUUUUAUAUAUCUACAUGGGAACACAGGCACAAGGGCAGCUACUCAUCGUGUGGGAGUUGCAAAAUUAUUGAGUGCACUUGGUUACCAUGUGUUGGUGCCUGACUACAGAGGUUUUGGAGACUCAAGUGGUGAGCCUACUGAAGCUGGACUCACUACAGAUGCCCUUCAUGUGUACAACUGGGUGAAAGAACGCAGUGGAAGCAGUCUGGUAGUCUUCUGGGGACAUUCUCUUGGCACUGGAGUGUCCACUAACACUGCAGUCAAACUUGUGGAGCAAGCAGGUAUUGUUUUGGAUGGUGUGAUUCUUGAAGGCACCGUCAAUUUGGCUAAAAUUGAACUUCCGAGUCAUGUGUUUUCUUGGUAUUACUGGAAAUUUCCUGGCAUGACAUACCUUUUUCCAGAGCCAUGGGCUGAAAAUAAAGUUGUCUUGCCUACUGGACAAAAUUUAAGAAGAAUGAAAAGCCCUCUACUUUUCCUUCAUGCGGAAGAUGAUCCAGCUCUCAUUCAGUCUGCUCAGGAAGUGGGGCCAUUUCAGCUGUAUGAGGUCGCAGUGAGUACUCAGAAUGUAGACCGAGUCAAGUUUGUCUCCUUUGAAGGAUAUUUAGGGUACGUGCACAAUGGCUUGUACAGAGACCCCCGACUUCCAGGCAUCAUAAAAAACUUUGUUUUGUCUUUGUGAAGUGGGGAGACACCUUCUGCAGACGUGAAAGACUGCUAUAAUCUUAAAAGUAUGUGUGGAUGCGUUUAUACAUACAGUAUGUGCAUGUAAAUACCUUUUGACGAAUUACUCAAAAGCUAGUUUCCUGUUACUAUAUGGCAAUGCCUGAAAAACAGAGCUCCAUCAAUUUUUAUUAUCAAAGUGAUGUACAUAAAAAUCAAAUAAGAAUUAAAUAGAUUGUGAAGAACUGAUUAAGAGGGCGGCACGGUGGAACAGCUGGUGGAAAAGGGUUGGCCUCACAGUUCUGAGGUUCCGUGUUACAUCCCAAACUCGACUGUCUGGAGUUUGCAUGUUCUCCCCGUGGCUGCGUGGGUUUUCUCCUGGCACUCCGGUUUCCGCCCACAUCCCAAAAACAUGCAACAUUAAUUGGACACUCUAAAUUGCCCCAAGGUGUGAUUGUGUGUGACUGGUGUCUGUCUUUGUCUGCGCUGUGAUUGGUCGGCAAUCACUUCAGGGUGCACCCCGCCUCCUGCCCGUUGACAGCUGGGAUAGGUUCCAGCACCCCCUUUGUGAGGAUAAGCAGCUAAGAAAAUGGAUAGAUGGAAGGAUAGAACUGAUUAAUUCACCAUCCUUUGAACUCAUCCAUCCAUUUUCUGAUCAUCUUUUCCUCACGAGUGUCGUGAGAGUGCUGGAGCCAAUGCUAUAUGACAAUGCCUGAACAACAGUGCACAGUCAAUUUUUAUUAUUAAAGAGAUGUUCAUGAAAUCAAUUAAGAAUUAAUUAGAUCAUGAAGAACUGAUUAAUAAACCAUGCCUUGAAAUCAUCCAAUUUCUGAUCCGCUUAUCCUUAUGAGUAUCAAGGGAGUUCUGGAGCCAAUCCUAGCCAUUUUCAGGCAGGAGUUGGGGUACACCAUAAACUGGAUACCAGCCAAUCGCAAGGCACACAGACACACACCCCCCCUCCCUCCAAAAAAAAAAAAACAUUUACACUCACAAUCAUACACAAGGUCAAUUAAGAGUUUCCAAUUAAUGCACGUUUUUGGGACAUGUGAAGAAACAGUCCCUGGAAGAACAUGCAAACUCUCCACAAGCAGGGCCAGGAUUUGAACUGGGGUCGUCAGAUCCGUGAGGCUAAUGUGCUAAACAACUCUGCACCUUGCAGCCCGGAAUUUUUCUAUUGUAUUAAAAAUAAUAUUUAAAGCAA